UUACUGAUCGUUGGAAUGCUGUCCAUCCAUGACAAAGUUCCAGAGGAUAACCGGAUUUUGCAUUUGCGUUGUCAUGAGUGGUGUGUGCUUCACUUUUUCUGCUAUGUAUAUUCCAGUUUUGCUGUUCAAAGCUAGGAAGUUCGCGUUACUCUAUACUUUGGGCAGUUUAUUCUUUAUUGGAAGUUUCUCCUUCCUGUGGGGCCCUUUAGAACACUUGAAGCACCUGCUUUCAAGAGAGAGGAUUCUAUUCACAGUUUCGUACCUGGGUAGUUUGUUUGCGACACUGUACUUUGCACUGGGACCCAAGAGCACGCCACUUACGCUGCUCUUCGCUGUUGCCCAGGUCAUCAGUUUGCUCUGGUUUCUCAUGAAUUACGUGCCAGGUGGUCAGACAGGUCUCAAACUCUUCACUAAAUUGUUCUCAAGGACAGUUACGUCAGGUGUCUCAAACACUCUACCGAUUUGAUAUGGGUUUGAACCAGUUCUGUACUGUAAGCCUACCAAAGAUAAUGUAGUAUUACUAUGAGCUAGUUUCUACUCUAUUAUUACUAAGACAACACAAAUACUAUUCGAAUAUAACUCGGUAUUCGUAUUGUCUUUGUUGCGACGUUUUAAUACUACUUUAUCUGUGAUUAUUAAGUUUGGUGAUUGAUUUAUUGAGGCUGAGUUCUUUCCUUAUAAAUUUAUGAACAUUCAAUCCCAUUUUAGGUGCUACCAAAGAUUAUAUUCGUCUAUUGGUAGCUUGUAUCAUGUGUAUUAUAAGAGUUAUCCAUUAAAACCAUAUAUUUAUUAUACCAAUAAAUAAUUUUAUAUUCAAGUUGUAAUUUUGUAUUGGCUUCCUAGACAAAAUCUCAUCGAAUUGAGUAUCAAGAAAUGUGCCCAUCAAGGAAUAAAUUAAUAAAACGAGAAUUUGUGUUUCUUU